AUGGAUGGUGAUUCUGGGGCAUUUCGGGCUGUUGGAGUGGUGCCAGUUAAUAAUCAACAGGUGUCUGGAAUGGUAUCCAAUUGCUACUUUGUUGGCCAAGGAACAAAUGUUGGGGUCAACACUGCUGGGUCGAAUACCUCCCAUGCAUUUUUUGUGUUUCCUAGCUUAUUGGUUGGGAAAGGUGCACGUAUGUGGGCAAAAUCCAAGGGUAUUCCUUUGCCGGCAAGUAUACCAGAGGCUGAUGAGUGGCUGGUUACAGAGAGGGCAAAAAGACAGUGGGAAAAAUACAAAUCAAUGCUUGAUGAUGCAAAAGCCAUGAAAGCAGAAAUUGAUGGAGAACUUUCUUCUAGCACUCGAGCAAAUGCUGCUUUAUCAGAAGUUCUACCAUGUGAUCAUUUGAAGACAUAUGGGGAUCAUGGUCAAUUAUGUACGUUGAAUGUGUCAGAAGAUACUAUUGGGGAUAUUUGUGUUGACACUAAAGGACAUAUAGCAUGUGGAGCUUCAAGAGGUGGCAUUGCACUGAAGAUAAGUGGACGUGUGGGAUUAGUAGCAAUUUGUGGCUCCCGUUGUUGGGCAUCCUCAAAAGGUCCGUUUGGGGCUCCAUUUAUAGUUGGUUGUUGCGUUAGUGGUGCUGGAGAGUAUUUAAUGAAAGGACUUACUGCUCGAGAGUGCUGUGUCUCAUCAUCACUGUUGCAGGCAGGUUCGAGCUCUGCUUGCAUGAAAGUUUUAUGCUCUAUUAUGCAAGAUAGUAGCGAACACGGUCCUAAUAAAAGUGCCGGAACUCUAGUUGUUCAGGCCGAGGCUCCUAUAAUAGCGAGAGCUCCCAACCCUCAACCUUAA